AUGAUAGGAAAGCAAAAGAUUGCAGAAACUAAAGGUGUCGUUGUUGCAGCUGAAGCUGGAUUAGAGAAAGCUGGAGCGGUUCCGGCCGGCACAGGAACGGGCCAAGCUGAUCGAACGGAGCCAUUUGCUAGAGAGAAAGCUGCUAUAUUUGACGAUCCAACUUUUGCUCUUAUCUGCUACUAUUUUGCUAUGGAUCUUCGAAGCAGCAAAACGCAAGGUGGAAAAGGCCAGCAAAAUGGCAGCAAACCGAUGGAAAUGGUGCUCCCAAAAGAACUCCAGAAACAAGUCGAGGAGAUCACGAAAUCGAGUCGAGUCACGGAGGGCAUCAAGAAAGUAAUCAACGCUAUCACUCAAGAAUUACAGUCUCUUCGCCUUGAAAACCAAGGGCUCAGGCAAGAGUUGGAGAAUAUUCGCAACACAAUGCCCCGUGAAAUGUCGAUUUCCAAUAGCCAUAAUAACAGCGUAUCUGAAGUUCAGAGGCCAGCGACUUCUGGUCAUGUUCCUCCC